AUGUCAACCAAUCAAUCUCAUAUUCGAUCUUGGUAGCAAAUACUUUCAGACAUUUCUUCAUGCAUGAUCCAACUGUCUUUAGGCUAUAUUUGUGUUGAAUUGAUGAUGUCAAUCAAUUUGCACUUUCUUAAUCUACAUACAACUAAAACCAAUGUUGCAGCAUUUGGCAUUGCAUGGAUGAUAAUUACUGUAUUGUUGCUUCCCUUUGGAAUUGGUAUCAUAUAUUAUUAUACUAUCAAAGGUCUUAAUCAAGCUUUGAACACCUUGGCGUCUUAAGCCAUCGGAAUGGGAAAAAAUAAACUAUCGCUCAUCUAUCUAAAUUUCACACUUUCUUCUCAUGUCAUAAUAUUUAUCCCUUUGAUAUUAGUGAUAUUAUGCCUGAAAACUCCAUUUAGUUAUUUGAUAGUUGAAGACAGAGAAGAAACCAUAAACUCUGCAUGGUAAUUGUUAUAAAUAGAUAAAAUUUAGGGAACUCAUAGUACCAUUAUCAAUCACUUCAUUGGCCUUAUUGAUAUUCGAGGGUUUGAAGAGUUAUUUGGUAUCAUGUGAAGUGUUUAGACCGUUUAUGGUUAUUCAUCUAAUCACCUUAGCACUUCAUGCUUUUUGGUGUUGGCUCUUAGUCUCAAGCUAUGGGAGCUAUGGAGUUUGUCUUGCCACCAUUAUAUCAGAAUGUACAAACAUACUAAUGUUGCUGCUUUAUGUAAAAUAAGACGAAGACCUUUAAAUCAAAUUUAAAUCUUUUCAAUUCAAAUUUUUAUUGCUAUCUCAUUUUCACAUUUAUAAAGAGUACAUAAAAAGCACAAUUUCAAUAAUAGUCCAUAUCUAUUUAAACACAGGCAUAUUUAUUAUUUUGUCUUUUACAGCCAUCUCCCUUGGAAUUGAUGCAACCAAUGCAUAAUUAGUCUUAUCAAACACUUCAUCCUUAUACUUCAGGGUGCCACUUUGCUUAUCAAUAGCCUUGAUGACUUAUGUCGGCAAUCAAAUAAGUCAAUAACACAUAAUAAAUGCCAAAAAUUAUAUUAAAUAUGGCCUUAUAUUAUAUUUCUGUAUUUUAGUGGUCAUCAUGAUAAUCUUCUAUUUUUACCACUUUGAAUGGGCUCAUUUCUAUACCAAGGAUGAAGUUAUUUAAGAAAUGUUAUUGAAAACUCUACCAUAUUUCCUAUUGGGUAGUGUUGCAAUAGAUGGAUUAUAGAUAGCCUUAAGCGGAGCACUUAAAGGACUUGAUGAGGGUAAGUUGGUAUCAAAUUACACUUUAUUUGGUGCAUAUGGUGUGGGCAUUCCCCUGAUUCUAAUAUUAACUUAAAUAUUUGAUUUUGGUUUAAUUGGAAUUUGGUUAGGUUUUGGAUUAUGUAAUUUCUUAUUGUCCUCUUUAUUUGUUCACACAUUAUUGAAAAUUGAUUGGGAUGUUUAAGCUAAACAUAUCAAAGAUAAAGUUGAUAAAUAGUCUUUAUAGAUGGAAACAACGAUCGAAUUAUAAGAUUUAUGUUGA